CGUAACUGUCAUGUCUUUCUUGAAAAGCUUCGGUGACAAUGCUAAGAAAUUCUCAAAUCAAGGUCUAAACCUCGCUAAGACAGGCGCCAACUCAGCCACAACAUUCGCCGGAGAUAUUGCUAAGCGUCCAGAGCUAGACUUUAGUUUACCACGCGAGUGUGAUAAAAGUGCGGACAUUUUAAAAUCAUUUUUGGCCAACCCUGAUGAUCCGUCGUCUGCGCUGAAUAGCAUACCAAAAGCAGUACUCCAAAGAGCCAAAGGUUUGGCUGUAUUUAGGAUAGUCAAAGCGGGAUUUAUCGUUACAGGUAGAGCGGGAUCUGGUGUCGUCAUCGCACGCCUUGACGACGGAACCUGGUCUGCACCUUCUUGUAUCGCUACAGGUGGUAUAGGAUGGGGAUUGGCAGUUGGAGCAGAUAUCACCGAUUUCGUAGUCGUGCUCAACUCCAAAGAAGCGGUAGAAUCUUUCGCAUAUGCUGGAAAUCUCACGAUCGGUGGUAACAUCUCCGCGUCCGCAGGUCCAAUAGGUACUGGCGGUGGUGUACAAGCCGCCCUGAGUGACCCUUCUCCAUUAUUCUCUUACUCAAUGUCAAGGGGUCUCUUCGCUGGCGUCAGUUUAGAAGGCACAGCAAUCAUGGAGAGAAAGGACACAAAUAGUCAAUUCUAUGGUACAUCAAUUCCAGCAAAAGAUAUCCUCCUCGGUAGGAUUCCUCCACCACAAAUCGCUGAAAAGUUAUACACAACCAUCGAAGCUGCUGAACAAGUUGACGAAAGUGGCUUGCCAUCAGAAGCUUAUGUUCCACCACCACCGGAGGCUGCUGCAGGUGGUAAAUCGAAAGGUCAGAUGCUUUUCGACGCUAGUCAAUAAAGUUGACUGUUUGGAUAUCAAAUUUUUUACAUCCUUAGAUCCCUUUUCUUUGUAUUACUUUUUGUCCAUUUCUGCAAGCUUGUCUUGUAUUUGUUGUAUACGACUAUCUGUUGAUUUCUUCACUGUCGAGGACUUUUGUAGUGACAGGAUGGUGUAUUCUGGGGAUGGUAUUUUGCGACGUUUGAUGGGUGUGUUGUCAGUGUUUUUGGUAUACUCUACGAUAAGUUUACCAUCAAAUGCGCGCUUAUGGGAUAGUUCUUUCGCUGUUGUUGCGUCUAGCAGGCUCUCGUACUCUAUAAAUGC